GUUUCAAAGGAUAAUUGGGAAGUUAAUCAUAAAUUAGAGAUCGAAUUACGUUUCGUGGGAACAUAGCAUUACAAGGUUGCAAGCAGAGACGUUAACACUGCGGACAAUUGUGCAACCUAUCGUUCGAAAUAAUACUUAGGCUGUUCUGGUUUCUCUUGCCGUAAUGUCAUUAUUUGUUUAAAUGUUAUGACUUAUAUAAUAAAACAUAUAUGCAUAUUCAAGAAGUGUUAGACACGACAAAAAUAGCUAUAAGAAAAUAUGUAGUAUAUUUAGAUGUAGCUUGCCCUUUAAAUAUAACACACAAAGUGGCAGCACAAAUUUGGUAACUGGUUGAUCGGUUCGUUCUGCCGUCAUAUUGGUUGCACUGCAAGAUGAUCGGAGUUUUCAUCGGAGUAUAUCAAUUUGUAAGAGUAAAGGGAAAGUUCUGAUAACGUGUUGUCGAUCGUUCGCAAAAUGUCUAAUUCAUCAUCUAUUAAAGUAGAUCCGAACGCUGUCAGUAGUAAUACCACACCGACGUCAACAAACAAUAAUCACAAUUGCAAUAGCGGCAGCAAUAACAAUGUCGAGCAGCCACAAACAAAACGGCAAAAAAUUGAAAAAAUUAAAACUAAUAUAAACAAAUCUGCUAAAGUUGUUAAAUCGGCUUCGUCAAGAGGAGUGGCCACAGCAACAGCUUCACCGCCACCCGACAUCAUUGAUACCGCAGGAGUUAGCCUUCUACAAUCAAGUAUCAAUGGCAAAUUAGUGAAUAACAGUAAUCAGCAACAGUUACGUUGCUCUUCGCUUUCGUCUUCCGCUAAUUCAAUAUCGACACCAAGUUCAACAAACAAUUCUCCAACUUCCACUCCUAGUGGCUCACGUGCCACAUCAUUGUCUCAUUUAUUGAAUGACCAGGGAGCAGCUGCGCACAUUCUACCAGGAAUCGAAGGCGUCACAAACAGCACAAGUUCCAGUAAUAAACUUAUAAAGCCCGAAAUAGUAUCGCAAAAUGGUGGUAUUGCAAAAAUUGGGUGCACUGGUACAACAGGCAGCAGCUCCGACGAAGUCGAUCGCAUAACACUGAUUCCAGAUUUGCUAUCCAUUAUGGUAAACACAACCAACACAAAAUUGUUGACAGAACAAACAAUACAUCAAAAGGAAACUCCGACAUUGACAACAGCCCAUUCUCAGGAUAUGCGUGAAUUCGAAACCUCGCUAAACAAGCAAUGCCUUUGCGGUGUAUCCGAACGCACAUUACGAAAACCUUUCCAAUCACAUUAUUCGAUCGACUCGAAUGGACAAAAACGAAUUGCGAAUCUUUCGGAAUGGCCGACGGAAAAACUUUUACAAUUUCUCUCAAAUUUGCAACUACUUUUUGACAUUUAUCUUAAGCAAAAUUCGAAAGGUUUUAUCUGUGCACGCAUUAUGGACGUGUGCGAUGUACUUAUACGCAAUGAUCAUAACCUUAUUGAUGAAAUUAUCGUUUUGGCUGCCUACAGCAAUGAGUAUGUACAAUUUUUAGCUGCAAGGGUAUUGGCCUCAUUUCUGGUGAUCGCAAAACAAGAGCUAAAUGAUAAUUGGCUUAAGAACUUGGUUGAUAAUUUAUUUAAUUUUGAUCGACUCGACGGUACUGCGGUUCAGAAAAUACAUUUUAGUUUGGAGAUAAUCAAAAGAAUAGUUGAGUGGAAAGAUAUUGAUUUGCACCCUCUUGAGGAUGAAAUUGCCGACAUUCAAGGAGGUAGUGGGUCUACUGGGUCUGAUCGAUGUAGAAAUAUAGCAUAUAGCAAUACGAGUGGUAGUGCGGAAAGUGAUGGGUUAAAUCCCGAGAGGUUUUUUCAUUUUCAGCCGCAUCAACCAACAUUAGAAACAAACUACUUCGCAUUACAAUUUCGUGGCACACUUGGUGAUGGAGCUGAUCACGAAGAGGAUGAUGAAGACGAUGAGGAAGAAAUUGAAGAUGAUGAAGAGGAUGAUUUGGAUGACGAUGUGUUGGAAGAAAGUAUGGUUCAGGCGCACGCGCGGAGGAAUCAUCAUCAUCACGUAUCACAAAUAUCGAUGCAGCAUCACCAUCGUCAACAUUUUCCUCACGUAACUACCAUCCAAAGCAAUACGAACUAUCUUCCUACAAUUCCAUAUGAGUCAGUAAUUUCGGCAUCGCAUUACGUAAGUGCUCAUACCCACCCCUAUAAUCAUCAACAAAUGCACCAAAACAGCUUAGGUGAUCACCACUCGCAUACACCGUCAUUUGAUACACUUGCGACACACUUUUCGAACACUUCCAAUACAGCAGAGUUUAAUGUGGACAUCAACGACACGCAACCAAUUACAUCGAACCCCGUUGCCAAUUCGCUUUUAUCGUCAGGUUGUCAUAUAAUAACGCUUACCGAUUCGGAGAGUUUCGAUACCUCACAUCUUAAAGGGGUCACUAUUAAAAUACUCGAAAAUAAAUGGCCUGCUCUGGUGAAGAAUAUGUCGGCCCUUAUCGUAAACCAUAUGCAUAUAGAUCAUGCAGAGCAUUGUAUCCUAAAUUUUCUACAGUUAUGGGAAAAUAUCAUAUCAGUGAAGGCGAAUCUUUCAGUGGUCGAAACUCGCCCUUUCUACGCGCAACUAGAUAAAUUCGAAUUACUUUUACAACAGCAGCAGUUGUCAUGCACCGUCUAUAAGCAGCUACUGUGCUUAUUUAACGAAGCACUUUGUUACGGAUCUACGCUGGCAUUGCAGGAUAUGUUGCCGGUAGAAACGUGCCGUCUAGCUCAAAGAAUUGUACGACAUGUGAAAGAAGCACGCAUUUUAGACUCACUUCCGAGGCGUCAGCCUGAGAACAUGGUUAGUUUCUUGGGCUUCAAGCGCGCAGCGGUUAUAUAUACAGAGGAUGGUCCACAGACGGGGACGUCGGAACGAUGCAUGACACAAAUGCAUACGUCAUCGCCGCAGCCUCGUGGCGGCAAUUGUUCAUCUGCUGCUACAGUCUCUACUCCAACGAAUCAGCAGCUGUCUAACUACGACCAGUCCCUCAACUCUACCGUAAUUAUAUCGAAUGGUCCUAUAGAACCAGAUGCCAAUGUCAUCGAAAUGGAUAAAACGAUUCUACAAAAAAUGGUGCUUCUUGUGCUCAAAUCUGUCGCUGUAACAGUGAAGGAGAUACGCAGCGAUUCCUCCGACUCUUCCAUUGAUUCACAUGACUGUGACGCCUAUCAAGAUAUGGUACUUAUUGAGCGGUCCAUUCGUGAUGUACUGCGGAAAUUGGAGUCAUUUAUAAAACACAAACUAGAAUUUCACCCCGAAUGUCAUUUUAGCAAAAUACUCAUACAUCUUUUUGAUGAUCAGGAUGACCAUUUAAUCGAAGCAAUGGUCUGUACGUUGGACGUAACAGCUGGAAUAUCCUUUCGCAAUAAUGCUUUCCCUGAACUCGUGUCUAUGUUGAAUCCCGUAUACACGUUUUUAGAAUUUCUCAAAAUGAUUUCAAACAGCUCAGACCUAUUGCUUGAUCUACUUGUGAGUAAUGAGACAUGUUUUCUACUUUAUCUCCUGCGCUUUUUAAAAUAUAUAAGAGCUAAUUGGGAUAUGUUCUUACGAAGCUGUCAUGAUUUCGGAAUGGGUACACCAACUCUGGACGAAGCAAUGAGUGUUCUGAUAAGACUGCGCCUGCACAUCUCACGAUUAGUAGCUCGCCAGCUAUAUCCCUACGACAUUUCGCCGGUGCUUCGGCUACUGGAAAGCUGCGAAAGUCUCUAUGAGGGCAACGAUCGCAGCCUAACGUGAAAUGUUCCUUACAGCUUUCUUAAAAAAUCGACAAUAGCUUAAAAUUACACUAUCAGAGAAGUUAUUUAUUUUUUAUUUAAUUUAUUUUCUUAUUGCGGUGACAAAUAUUGUUCUUGUGCUAUCAAAAACCUUUAAUAUAAAUUGAAAAUGAAAUAAAAACUAUCAAACGUAAUAUUAAAUUAAAAGACUUGAAUAUCUAUAGCACAAAGAAAUUUUCUUUUAAACAAUAGUUACAUUUAUUUUAAUUUAAAUGUAUCCUUAAAAUUUAAAUAACUUAAUGUAGAACCAUAAAUUAGUAUAAUUUAAUUUGCCAAUUAGUGACUUACAUAUAUAAUAAAGUUAAGUAACUUUAA